AGGCGGCGUAAGGUUGCCGGGCCGAGACUGGAGCUUUGGGGCCGAAAACGCGCUAAGCCGGCGGAGGAUCGCGGCUGGCGCGAAGGGGCCUUUACUGCCCUCAGGUAGAAGUUGUGGGUCAACCGACUGAGGGCCGGCACCCGGGCCGCGCCCGCCUAGCCCGACCGCGAGCGCUGAGGAGGCGCCGCUGGCUCGCUAAGCCGGCUGCCCUUUCUCCGGUGUGGGCACUCUCCUCUCUCCAUGCUUCCGUUCGCGUGCCACCGGCCAGAGGUGACCAGGCCCGGCUCUCUACGUGGCCACUGUCAGGGGGGCCAUGGGGAGCUCUGCCUCCUCCCUGGCUGCCGAGACGGAGUCAGACCACGGCUUCCCUGGGGGGCCAUCCUACCCAGGACCCCCAGCAGCAGCUGGCUGGUGUAGGAGCGGCCCUGGGGAGACUGUCUGGGGAAGUGCUCUGGUCACCAGACAGCACCCACGUCCCCGGGCCCGAAGCCACACACAUUCUCCUGGGUCUAUGGCCACAGUUGGGGAGUGGUCCUGUGCGCGCUGCACCUUCCUGAACCCUGCCGGCCAACGCCAGUGCUCCAUCUGUGAGGCCCCCAGGCACAAGCCAGAUCUUGACCAGAUCCUGCGGCUCAGCGUAGAGGAGCAGAAAUGGCCCUGUGCACGCUGUACAUUCCGGAACUUUUUAGGCAAAGAGGCUUGUGAAGUAUGUGGCUUUACCCCAGAGCCUGUUCCUGGAGCCCCUCUGCUGCCCAUUAUCAAUGGGGUCCUGCCCAAGCCCCCCACCGUACUGGUGGAACCAAAGGGCAACUGCAAGGAGGAAGCAGGUCCUGUGCGGACAGCAGGGCUAGUGGCCAUGGAGCCAGCCAGAGGGCACUCUGAGGAAGAAGAAGAAAAGGAGCAGGAGGACGAAGGGAAAGGGGCAGAGCCUGGCAGUGGCUGGGCAUGCCAGCGCUGUACACUGCAUAACACACCAGUGGCCAGCUCUUGUUCUGCCUGUGGGGGACCCCGGAAACUGUCAUUGCCUCGCAUCCCCCCAGAGGCCCUGGUGGUUCCCGAGGUUGUGGCCCCUACUGGCUUCCAUGUUGUUCCUGCUCCAUCCCAGCCUCUCCUCCCUGGGGAAGGUGCUGAGGCUGAUUCUCCUUCUACCAGCCAGGGUCCCACCUCCACUGACCAGGAGCCCCCCAGGGUACCACCCUUCAGCCCCUUCUCACCCACCCUACAGAACAACCCUGUGCCCAGAAGCCGCCGGGAGGUCCCCCCUCAGCUUCAGCCACCUGUGCCUGAGGCUGCUCAGUCCUCGACCUCCACAAGCUUCAAAGGGCCCUCCCAGGGCCCUGGAAGAGCUGCAGCUGGGGCCUCCCGCCUUGCUGAGCUGCUCUCAGGCAAGGAGUUGCUGUCAGGCAAGCGACUGAGUGUAUUGGAGGAGGAGGAGGCCCCAGAGAGCAGCCCUGCCCGCUGUGAGUCGUGCAGUGAUGUCAUUGACCUGGCUGGAGACACUGUCCGCUACACACCUGCCAGCCCCUCCAGCCCUGACUUCACCACCUGGUCAUGUGCCAGGUGCACACUUAGGAACCCCACAACAGCCUCCAGGUGUUCAGUGUGUGGUGGCUCCAAGCUGCAUGGUUUCCAGGAGCACAGUGAACCCCCUUCCCACUGCCCCGACUGUGGUGCCGACAAGCCUGGCCCCUGUGUUGGCUGCUGUGGACGAGCUCCCUCAGCACAUAAGGCUGCCCGUCUCUUGCCUGAUGGCCUGGGCCAGUGGGCCUGCCCUGCCUGCACCCUGAUCAACACACCUCGGGCCAAGCACUGUGCAGCCUGCCACACACCACAGCUUCUAGUGACCCAGUGCCGGGGGGCUACACCCCUGAGGCGCAGGGAGAGCAUGCAUGUGGAGAAGCGGAGGCAGACAGACGAGGGCGAGGCCAAGGCACUCUGGGAGAACAUAGUGGCUUUCUGCAGAGAGAAUAGUGUGAACUUUGUGGAUGACAGCUUCCCCCCCGGGCCUGCAUCUGUCGGCUUCCCAGUGGGCGACAGCGUCCAGCAGCGAGUGAAACAGUGGCUGCGGCCCCACGAAAUCAACUGCUCUGUCUUCAGGGACCACGGCACUCCGUGGUCAGUCUUCCACACCCUGAGGCCCUCUGACAUCCUACAGGGGCUGCUGGGGAACUGCUGGUUCCUGAGUGCGUUGGCAGUACUGGCUGAACGUCCCGACCUCGUGGAAAGGGUGAUGGUCACACGUAGCCUAUGCGCAGAGGGUGCCUACCAGGUACGGCUGUGCAAGGACGGUACGUGGACGACAGUGCUGGUGGACGACAUGCUGCCCUGCGAUGAGGCUGGCUUCCUGCUCUUCUCACAGGCACAGCGGAAGCAGCUGUGGGUGGCCCUCAUUGAGAAAGCGCUGGCCAAGCUGCACGGCUCCUACUUCGCCCUCCAGGCAGGGCGCGCCAUUGAAGGCCUGGCCACACUCACCGGUGCGCCCUGUGAGAGCCUGGCGCUGCAGGUCAGCUCCACUAACCCCCGAGAGGAACCUGUUGACACUGACCUCAUCUGGGCCAAAAUGCUGAGUUCUAAGGAGGCUGGGUUCCUCAUGGGUGCCUCCUGCGGAGGAGGUAACAUGAAGGUAGAUGAUGCUGCUUAUGAGAGCCUGGGUCUGCGCCCCCGCCAUGCCUACUCCAUCUUGGAUGUUCGUGAUGUUCAGGGCUCCAGGCUCCUGCGACUCCGGAACCCAUGGGGCCGUUUCUCCUGGAAUGGCAGCUGGUCGGAUGAGUGGCCACACUGGCCAGGGCACCUGCGAGCCGAACUCAUGCCACAUGGCAGCAGCGAGGGUGUUUUCUGGAUGGAGUAUAGUGACUUUAUCAGGUACUUUGACUCUGUGGACAUCUGCAAGGUACACUCAGAUUGGCAGGAGGCACGGGUUCAGGGAAGUUUCCCAAGCACUGCCAGUGGACCAGUGGGUGUGACGGCACUCACAGUGCUGGAGCGUGCCUCACUGGAGUUUGCCCUGUUCCAGGAGGGCAGCAGGCGCUCGGAUUCAGUAGACAGCCACCUCCUGGAUCUGUGCAUCCUGGUGUUCCGGGCCACUUUUGGCACUGGUGGCCGCCUGAGCCUGGGCCGCCUCUUGGCCCACAGCAAACGUGCUGUUAAGAAGUUUGUGAACUGUGAUGUCAUGCUGGAGCCUGGCGAGUAUGCUGUGGUGUGCUGUGCCUUCAACCACUGGAACCCUGCUCCACCAGGGCCCCCUGCCCAGGCCUCCAGCCCCUCAGCAGGGGUCCCCCGAGGUGCCCCCGAGCCACCCGGCCACGUACUCGCAGUGUACAGCUCCAGGCUGGUCAUGGUGGAGCCGGUGGAGGCGCAGCCAACCACACUGGCCGAUGCCAUCAUCCUGCUCACUGAGAGCCGGGGCGAGCGGCAUGAGGGCCGAGAGGGCAUGACCUGCUACUACCUGACUCAUGGCUGGGCGGGGCUCAUCGUGGUGGUGGAGAACCGGCACCCCAAGUCCUACCUGCACGUGCAAUGUGAUUGCACCGACAGCUUCAACGUGGUGUCCACACGUGGCAGCCUGCGUACCCAGGACAGUGUCCCACCCCUGCACAGGCAGGUCCUGGUGAUCUUGUCCCAGCUGGAAGGCAAUGCUGGAUUCUCCAUCACCCACCGCCUGGCACAUCGCAAGGCAGCCCAGGCCUUCCUCAGCGACUGGACAGCCUCUAGGGGUACCCACAGCCCCCCACUCACACCUGAUGUGGCUGGUCUACAUGGACCCCGGCCACUAUGACUACAGUUCCCUAGGGCAGGGGCUAUGUGCAGAUCCACCCACCUGCCCUCCCCUACAUGCACUUUAUGAGGGAGACCCCCAAUGGAGGAUGCUUGAACCAGAAUCUCAGGACCCUGCCCAGGGAGCCACCGGCUACAGGGUGCAGCCUCCCCUGGGCCUCCCUCCCCUCCUCCUGCACCCCAAUUACCCUCAGUCCCCACCAGGCCUCCCAGCUGCCAUGCAGAAUACCUCGAGCCGGGUGGGUUUCAUUCCAGUACUUCUGUCCUGAGCCCUGGGGACAGCUUCAGGUGGCCAAGGCCCAAAUGGGCUGCCCUUCCCUAUGAAUAUGGGGUCACUUGCUAUAGAGAGGCAUCCCAGAUAUGUGUUCACAGAACCAAAUCUGGGGGCUCAGAGGCCAUGAUCCUGCCUUGAGAACCUGGGUAACCCUUUGUGGGGGCUCCGAUCUGCCGCUUCCCCCCUUGGUUUGUUCCCAAGCCCAGCUCCUUGCCUAAUGAGCAGGGUCCUGAUAGCCCUGGCACAUGAGCAGCGCAUUGCAGGAAGCAGAUGCCUGAUGGCCAUCAGCCAGGGCUUGGGGACAGCUGCCCCUCCUGCAACACUAUGCAAUUCCUGGAGCACCUGCCAGGAUCGAAGCCAUGAUGGGGUGGCAGGUCGGAAGCCAGACCCAGCCCGGCUGUCUGGAGAAGCGCUUUGUCCUUAGCUUCCCUGGCCACAAUCGGCACUGUCCCAUGGCCUCAGUCUGUCCACAAAGAAGGACACCCCCACCCCAGUCCCAUUACAGGCACAUGUAAGGUGUGACUGAUUACUCCCUUCCCUAGAUGAGGGAGCCAAGCUGCCCACCUGCCCAGCAUUCCCCUAGCUGCUUGUCAAGAUCAGAGCCCUUAUCUGCCACAUGGACGCCUGAGUCAUUUCCUGUGCCCCCCCCCCACCUGGCUGCCACUGUCCUGCAGCCCCCUAGGUAGUGGGCAGCUCACACACCCACUAUCCUUGCCUCCAUGGGGCUUGCGAGGGUUUUUAUACCUAAAGAAACACUCCCCUCCCCUCUGGGCCUCCUUUUACUCUGAGCUGUGAAUAUUUUUAACCCUGUAAAUAGGACCAGCUCUUCGAACACAGAGACUAUUUUAUCAGCUAUCAGUCCCUUCCUUGUUCGAUGACUCCAUAGGCCGUUUCCACUCAGGCUCCAAGGACCAAAUAAAAGCGUUUUGUUUUGUAA